GGGACAAGCAACUUGGAUCGUGAGUGAUGGUGCGUGACUGUGAAUUGGGUCGCUUGUCCGGAGAGCCUAGUCCUGCCAGGAUUUCGGAAGGUGUGCUGCUUGAGAAUGGCCAUACUGCAGCCAUGGCAGCCCUGUGCCAACAUCAGGGCGCACCGCAAAGCUUGAUGCAACACUUGAUUGUGAUCUUCCCGGGCUUGAUGGAUUUGCAGCUGGCCAGGGCAAUGUUGCGAUGUACACUUGCCGCAGUUGCCAAGGGCAUGAAGCCGGUCCCACCACGAGCCGGGACCUUCGUGCUGAAGUCAUUCCCGACCAAACCAGAAUUCGCGUUCCUAGCAUUUUGAGGGCGGCCACUCAUGGCCUGAUCGUGCAGCUGGAAGUGGUGUGUCAGGCACACCAAGAAAGCAAUCACUCCCAGUGUUUGGAGCACUCAGCUGAUGAUGUAUACAGCAUAUCACAUCGUGCACUUUGAGAUCAGUUGAGUUGGUGAAUGGUCAACUUGCAAAACUUCGACAUCGCAGUCAUCAGCUCCUUUUGUGGCACUCUAGAAAUGCUGCUGCGGUGCCAG